AUGUAAUCAGGAUAACUGUUGAAUCUGUAGAGAUUAGAACGAUCUUAUUUAUAAACAUUAUCUUAGAAUGGUUGGGAAUCUCCACUUGUAGUCAAUGCAGCUGUAGAAUUUGCAAAUACAUUGAUCAAAGAUGGAAGAAUACUUUUGAAAUAAGGAAAUAAUACAUAAGCAGAAAUGUUUUUUAAUAGAGCAAAAGAGGUAUUGGAAUAAUUAGAAUCUAUAGAUUACUACACCAAUAUCAAUAACAAGUGGAAUAUUUUAUACAAAUACAUUUGUAAAAUCAAGAGGACAUGCAAUACUAUAAAUAUCAUAAUUAUAUGAAUAACAAGGAUAAUUUUAAAAAGCUUGGAUGAAUCUAAGAGAUGUAUUGCCUUUUAUGGAGAAAUUUUCAUAUACAAAAAGAGUCAAUAUUUGUGAAGAUGAUAAAUAAGUAUUAAAAUUAUAUGCUUAAUUACUAUUUCAUGGUAGUGAAGUUUGUAGAAUGAUGCAUCGUAAAGAUGAUAUGUUAGAUUAAUGUAAUAAAUUAGUUGACAUUUUGUAAAGAUUGGGAAUUACAUUUGAUUCUUUACGUACAUUAACAAAAGAAGAAUUUCAUUAAGAAUAUAAAAAAUGGUUUAUGAUGUUAGCAAGAGCAUUUUAUUAUAUAGGAAAAUCUCAAUUUAAAGUAGGAUUUGAAAGAGAAUCAUUAAGAAAUCUAUACAAAGCUUGGUAAAUUUAAGAAUUAAUAUUUGGACCUGAUGCACCAGCAACUAUGAAAGCAAGAGAUAAAUAUGAGAAAUUAAGUUAAAAGAUGGAAUUUGAAAUGAUUAUGGGAUAAGAGAAAGUAGAUUUUCAAUAAUUCAAAGCUGAUCUUUAAAAAGAUGUUGGAUAAGAAUUAUUACGUAAAGUUGUUACAUUAAAACCAAACAAAAAUUUUGAUGUAUUUUAUUUAUAUUUAAUAUUGAUAGCAUCAUAUGUAAACAUAAGUAAAAUCUUAUCAAUAAAUAGUGAGAUAAUUGUCAUCACAUUCAACUAAAUAUUAAAUGCCUGAAUAUAUUAAGAAAGUAAGAUAAGAAUAUGAAGAGAAAUUGAAAACUAUUUCUAAUUAAUAAUAAAUAGAUGAAUAUUAAUAACAAUAAGAAAAAACAUUUCAAAUAAAAAAUAAAAAACUAUCAUCCAGAGCAGCAUCAACUUAUAUGAAUUAAUCAUUAUUACCUUAAGAUAAAUUGUUCUCUCCUAGAUUAUCUUUGAUAGCACAUUCUCAAAGAACAAGUUUAAUGAAUGAAAAUUAUAUGGAUAAAUUGAAGUAUUGUUUAAUUUAAAUGUAGAGUUUAAUUAUAAGAAGCUUAACUUAAAACAGAACCUAUUGAUGAAAUGAUGCUUAUAAGACCUCAAUUCAAAUCUGAACAUCUUCAAUUAAAAAAGAAAACUAAUAAAUAAGGAGAUCAAAAUGAAUAAUUAAUUUCUAAUAAAAAGAAAAUCAAAUCAAAUAGACUUAUACCUAGAAUGUUAAAUAAAUAAAAUACAUAAAUGUUACAUAAUAAAUCUGAUACAUAAUAAAGUGAGUAGAAAUUACCUAAAAUGUAAACAGUUUUAGAUUUAAAUAUGCAAUAAUAAUUAGAUGAAAUGAGAGUACCUACAACUGAAUCAGUAUUGGCUUAAUAAUAAUAAUCUCCUUAAUAAUAAGUUCUUAUACCUUUAUUAUAACAUAUGUAAACUGAAAUUACUGAAUAAAGUGAGAAUAUCUAUAAUGACUUAUUAAAUAAGUAUUCAAUUGAAUAAUUAAAUUUUGCUGCUACAAUUAUUUAAUAAUAUUUUAGAAAAUAUAAAUGCAAUAUAAGAAAAAUUAAAACUAUUCAAACAAUUGAAUUAACUCCAUUGGCUACAUAAAAACCAUAAAGUUAAACAGCAUGUAGUGAUAAAUUAGAUAGUAUUCAAACCAAUAGAACCACAAUGAAAGUUUCAGUAAAAGAACUUAAGAAUUCUAUACGAAAGGGAGGAAGAUUUGAUUAGAUUGUUAGAGAGAUAAAAAAUAAUGAAGCUGAAUAAAUUAGUACAAACAAAGCUAAAACAGUAAUAUUUAAUAAUAUCAAAUAUUAGUUAAUUUAAAUAAUUGUAGAUUUUUAUAAUCUUCCAGAUUAAGAUAUGUACUUUUUAGGUAAAUUAUUCUUUGAUGAUGAAAUCAAAAUCUGGAAAUUAUCUAAUAUUUCAAUAUGUGCAUUUAGUGACAAUGGAUAUUCUAGUAAUUAGACUGAUGAAGAUGAAUAAAUAUCAUUUGUAAAUACUCCUUCAUAAUUAAGUAAUAUAUAUAUAUAUAUUUUAGGACAUUAAUUAUAACAUAUAAUGAAUAUAUUUACUGAAUAAUAAUCUAUUAUUGCAUUGUAAUUGAUAGUCUAUUUUACAUUAUAAAAUGAUGAAUAGUAAUACAAUUUGAAUUUCAAAAUCAAUAAUUUUGUUAGCUAUCUUGAUGAAUAUUAAAGAUGGUUUUCUAAAGAUCGUUUAGAAAAUUUUAAUGGUCUCUUAAGUAUAUACUGUAAAUAAUAAAAUCUCUAUGAACCAAGUAUUUGUAAAACUAUAGUAUUCUUAAAAACUGAUUUUGCUUAAUAAAUUAUAGCCAAAUUAAUGUAUGCUCUUAAAAAUCAUUAUUAUCUUAUAAGAUCUGUAGUUGGAUAUAAAUUAGUUUCAAUGAAAGAUGCAAUUAAUAAAAAAUUACUUGAUUAUAUUAUUGAUAUAACUAAAUGUAAUAGAAAUAAAAAGAUUUAAAAUGAACAAAAAAGAAUUAUGAUUCUUAAACAAUUUAAAAAUGAACCUAUUAAAUUAAUUAAACAUCAUCAAUAAGAACAACCAAUAAUUACUUAAUCUACAUAACGAAGACAUUAAGCAUUAAUGGAUGAAUAAAGCAUAGUUAUUUAAGAAUCUGAUGAUAAUAAAUCUGAAUAUUCUCAUGAAAAUGCAUCUUAAUCAGAUUAAAAACGUCCAUCUAUCAAUGUUAAAUCAAAUGAUAAUAGUUCUGAAAGAGAUUAAGUUAAAUAAUCUCCUUUAAGACAUCCAAAAAAAUAAUAUACUACUAUCAAUAAUAGAAAUACAAUGAUUAGUCCUAGAAAUACACCAAUUAUUUCUUCAUAAGCCUUAAUUAGAAAUAGUAUGGCUCCAAAAAUAGGUAGUCAAUUUUCUGAAUUUGCUAAAAGAUAAUAAUAAAAGGAAGUCUUCGAACCUCCUUAAUCUAAAAAAAGUUUAGAAGAUUUGUAAGAAUAUAAGGAUAGAUCUUAAUCUGAAGUUUAAUUAGUUUAAGAAUAUUUUCCAGAAUUUUAAUUAGCAAAUUUAGAUGAUUAUUAAGAUUAUUCACCAAAAGAAGGUCCUAUCAUUAAAUUAAAUGGUAAUAUGAAUAUGGAACCUUACUUUCCUCCUAAAGGUAUUAUCAUCUAACCAGAACCUGAAGAAUAUAUUAAUGAAUAUCCAGAUAAUUAUGUUGCACUUAAUUUAAUCUUUAAAUAAAAUAAUACAAUAUUAAUUGGAUAUGUUUUAAUAUAAGAAUCCAAAGCCUUCCUUGUUACAAAUAAUUAAGAUGGUAGUAUUAACAAAAAAGAAAUAAACAUUGAUUUUGGUGUGAGAUUACCCAAUAGAAAAAAGAAAUUAGAAAUUAUCAAUAAAUUAAUUCAUACAGAAAAAUAAAAGAAAUUAUCAUUAAUAUAAGAAUUAUAAAUAUAUGAUUUCAGACAUACAUUUAUUUUAUUAGAUAGAUAUAUAAAAAGAAUUAAUCACUAUGAUGAAUUCAUAUAUAAUGAAAUUUAUUAAUAAUUAUAGGCUGGUUAAUUAUUACCAUUGACUGAUAUACAUAGUUUAAUUUAUUCAGAGAGAAUGGCCUCUUUAGUAAUUGAUUAAUAAGUAUCUUAGACAGAGACUGAAGAAGGUAUUCAUUUAUCUAUUAUAAAUGAAUCUAAUUAAUAAAAUUAUUAAGAGAAUGCUUUAAAUGGAAAAUCAUUUAAAAAUUAUAGAAGUAAAUUUAAUAUUAUAAAAAAUAAAUUUUAUUUCAAAGAUACUAAUUCAUAUUUCAGAGUUGAAGUAUGUUUCAAAGAAACUAAAGUAUUUGAUACUAAAUUAUUAUAUUUAAGUGAUUAAUAAGCUAAAUAAGAUUUGAUUAUUCUAAAAAAGAAUAUGCAUGAAUUAAUUGGAUUAAAAAAAUUAUAAAUUAAAAUUAGAUUAUAUUAUCCUAAUUAAAGAUUAACAUAUUAUAGAACUGUACAUUAACUAUAAGAUGUUGAAAAAAUAUUACAUAUUUUUAAUAAACCUUAGAUGAUUGGUUAAUAAAUUAGAUCAUAAUCUAAAAUUUAACAUCGAUUAAUAGGAAAAGCAUUACAAUUUAAAAAAUAAUAAAUUAGUUUAGAAGAAAGAAAUAGAGAUAAAUAUAGUGCAUUAGAUUAAUUUUUAUUAAUGUACAUAUCUGAUCCAUUGUAAUUUAUUAGUAAUGAAAAUCAAAGACUUUUAAAACAAACUAUCCUUUUUUAUUAUUUUAAAUAACAAUUAAAAUUAACUUUAAUUUCAUCAAGUCGUUUAAGAUAUUUUAUGAAUACUUAUUUUCUUAGAAAAACAUUUAAUGCAUAAAGUAGAGUCAGUAAUAUUGGAAAAGUAUUUGUGGAAUGUGAAGUAUAUUAAUUCAAUAGAUUUUAUUUUGAUCAAGAAAAUGGUGAACAUACUUAUUUUUACUUUUAAAUUACUCCAUAAGAAAGUAGAACAAAAAUAUUCAAAUUAGUUUUGGAUCUAGCAGAUAUAAAAAGUAUUUGUCCAAAAGUUGCACUUCAUAAUUGUUUUCAUGAUAAGAUUUUACAUGAUGUUCUCAAAAUAUUGACUGCCUACUUAAUUUGUUAUAGAACUAAUACUUAUCAUGGAAUAAAGAUACCAUUAUCUUAUAUUAUUAAUCAAUCAAAAUAUGAUCUACAUAAUACAUUUACUGAAGUUACAUAUGGAAGUAAUAUCUUAGAAGAAUAAUAAAAUGUUAGAUCAUCUUAACCUAAAUUAUCUAUAUUAUUAAAUGAUAAUGUUUUUCGUAAGAAAUCAUAAACAUAAAUGAUGGAUGUUUAAAUUGAUAAUUUAUAAUUACCAGCUGAAGCCAGUAGAAUUUUAAAGAAUACAUCUAUGUUAACACCCGUAUUUAGAGGAUAAAAAUUUAUAUAUAAAACUACUAAAGUUGUCAAUUCUAUGUAUGUUAUUAUAACUGUCUCAUAUUUGUCUAUGAAUAAAUUUUAAAUUGGAUUGUAUAUACCAUAAACUUGUAGGAAUUUUAGUUGUUAUAUUUAAUAGAGUGAUUUCUAAUAAAUGAAUCCAGAAUUUUUAGAAUCUAUCUUUCCAUCAUGUUUAGUAACUAAAGAAACUAUUGAUUAAUUUUAUAUAAAUAGAUGGAAAUUCUCUGAAAUGAGCAAGAUUUAUUAAAUUGCUGUCAAUCAUCCUGAUGAAUUUGAAGAUUUUUAUAGUGAAAUGAGAAGUUAAGCAAGAGCCAUACCUUAAUUGGAAUUAUAAAAAUUAACAGAAAGCAAAGUAUCAAUUAAUAAUGAAGAUGAAUUACUUGAAAAACCUUAUGAUGAUACACCUAAAUUACUUGAAUCUUUUAGUGAUUAAAGUAGAUAGAAUGUAAGAUCAUCAACAUAACCUCCAAUAUUCUUAAAAAAAUAGAUUGCCAAAUAAUAUAGUGUAUAAAAUUCAAUUGGAAAUCUAAAUCCAAUGCGUUUGUCUUUACCUUCCUAAUAAUAGAAUAUUCCUCGUGCAGACAAAAGUCUAUUCUUUAAACAUAGUCCAAGAAUCUCAAAUUAAGGAAGUAUGGAAAAUUACUAUUAAAGUGAUAAGGAUCUAUUUUUUAAUUAAAUACUUGUAAGAAAAAAUAAUCUUGAUAUGAUUUCUACAUUUGAAAUUAAAAUUUGGGAAGCUCUUAUGAAUAAAAUAAUUAUUACCAAAAAUUCUCAAAAUCAUUUCAUUUUCAAUCUUGAUUCUUUUUAAGGUGUUUUAAGAGAAAAUCUAUAUACUUAAGUAGUUUAUUUGGGAAAUGAAGUAAAUGCUUUAUUUGAAGUUUUUGUGGAAAAUGUUCGUAAACCAUUAGAUAUGUUUAAAGUGUGUGUUCCUAUAAGAUUGAAUGAAAGUUAAAACUUUUAACUUUAUCAAAGAAUUACAUUAUUUGAAGAACCUAAAGUAGUUAAUUUUAAAUUAAUGUUACGUAAGGUUUUGUAUAGUUAUUAUUAUGAUGAGAGAAGAAAUCUUUAAAAUCUUAAACUAAAAGAUUGUUUUGUAGAUUCAUAUGAAUUCAUAUAAUCUGAUAUUUAAAAAUGUUCAGUUUAUAUGUUAAAUAAAUUAAAAAAGUAAUUAAAAUUGAAUCCAAGUACAUUUAUUGUUUAAGAUGUUCUAGGAGAUGAAAAAUGUCCUUAAUUAAUCAAAGUAAAUGCUAAUUAUAAACAAUAUGCUGCAUUUAAAGUAUAUUUUAUUUUUUAUUAUAGUAAUAUUAAUAUGUUUUAUUGAAGAGAAUGAUAUUUACAAUGAGACCAACAUAAAUUUAUGUUUCAAUUUUUUAUUAAGAAAAGAGAAAAAAGUUUCAUUUGUAUUUUUAGAGUAUGAAAAAUUGUAAGAAUGUUACAAUAAAAUACUCUUUAAAAGAAAUUUAGUAAUGUAUUCCUAGUGCAAUCAGUUUACUCAAUUUAGGAUUGCAUUAGGAAUUAGGUAAAAGAAUAUAUCAGAGUUUCAAAAAUAGGCUAUUAGUUUCUACUUAUUAAUAAUUGUUAUGA